AUGGAUCCUUUAUCCGUCAUCUCGGGAGUCGUAGGGGUUCUGGCUGCGUGUGUCCAGGCCGGCGACUCGUUGAAAACCUUCUACAAUGCAUCGGCGCUAGCAGACGCUAAAGUCCGAGGGCUCCUUACAGAUGUAGAGAGUUUCACUCAGGUGCUACAAAUGAUGAAGGACACUUUGGAGCGUGACCCAAUGCAGGUCUCUAUGCAAUCUACUGGUCAUAUCGGAAAUCAUUGGGCAAAUCUUUUAGCGUGUUUGCGGGACGGACGAAACACCCUGGACCAACUGAAAGGAAUUUUGGAGAAAGUCAAUAAGAGCGUUAGUGUUCUUGAUGGGCCGAGGAAACAUCUUCGGCUGAGAGCUGCACUGGAUGAGAUGAAUAUAUAUCAGCUGCAGAUCCGAUCAUAUCGAGAUACCAUGCAGCUCUCCCUCCAGACCGUGAUAUUAUGGAAUCAAGUCACUGCUCGGGAGUCCACUGACCAGAUUAUGCCAAAUUUGGAUGAGCUACACCAGGCAAUACGACAUAUGGCAAUCGAUUUGAACGAUCGAAUGGCCGCCUUGCAAGAUGCUGUCGGGACCAAUGCCGAGAAUCCCCCCAGCUAUAGCGCCGACAACAAUCAACUCCGAGUUUUGACUAAUUUGAGAAAUUGUGUGCAAUCGGCAGCCAGCGUGGUCUCUUCUGCAUCAACUACUCUCGCCACCGAACAACCAGAUCAGGUCUCAGUUACUCACGGGUCUGAUUUUGGGGACGUAUUCCCAUCAGAGCCAGGGGAGUCGAUGCUUCGAUGGAUAUCAUCAAACACCGUAUAUGAAUUUUCAGAGCAAGAUAGAGACUCUGGUUUUCAGGGAAGCAGAUCUUCAACCAAGAAAAAGCACACAGCCGAGGUGUCAGGCUCAGAGCUGUCUGAUUCAGACAAUGAGUUGGAAACUGAAAUUCUCCAAGCUCUGCUGAGAAGAGGGAAAGAGAAACUACGCUUAAAAGAUUAUGUUGGCGCAGAGAAACUUCUCCGAAAUUGCCUCACGAGGACUUCAAAUGGCUCACUGGUCUCGUCACAUCGAGCACCAAAGUCAGAAAUCAUGACGCUUCUGCUAGAUUCAUACCUCGUCCAGGAAAAGUGGAAUGAAGCACAGUCCUUGUUACUUGACAAGAUAGCUAUCGGAUCACGCGAUCCCUCCAGCGAAAGCGGCGGCGUUCUCGCCGACAUGCUCACCCUAGUUGAUGUUCUGCUGAACAAAGAUUCAUAUGCUGAAGCGCUCCUCUAUGCUAGACGUGCUCUAAAGGGUUACAGGAAGCUAGGAUCCAGGGGAAAUUCGGGUGUUGAGAAGUCUUUGAAUGCCCUCGUGCGUGUCUGUCAUCUAGAUGAAAACAUGGAAGACGAGGAAGUGGCUUAUUCUAUUCUCUUGUCGGACUUCUUGCUGAGGCAACCCGGGAAUAAGCAAAACGCUUUUUUGCCAGCUUCAACUACCGUCAGUUCCGGGGAACUGCUCAGACAAUCUCCCCCACCAAACCAUACUAUUCAAGUAGACCAGUCGCUUUCCGAGGUCGUGAUAGAUACGGGUCCCUCUGAUGGCAACAGGCGACUUAGUAUCAAUCACAAGAAGAAAAGCUCCCAGUCACUCCGUGAACAGUACGUUGAGCCCCAAGCCGACACACCAGAACCUAAAUCCCAAGAGGCCCAAGUUCCCCUGCAAAGAAGGGAAUCCAAGAAACGAACGCCGAGGAGGUUACCUGCAAAUCGGAUUUCUAAGCAACUUGAGAGUAGUGCAAAUUUAACAGAGCCCUCGUUCGCGAAACACCAGGAGACUGGCGAUGCUGUGAGCCAGAAUAAAUCCGAAGAAGCCCCUAUCCCGCUUCAGAGAGGUGUCAUGGAACAGGUGGGAAAGAGGUUAGUGGAGACGAAUUCGUUUGAGUCGGUCGGAAAUGCCGUUCCUGUUGGACGGCGGGUAAGUUCCGAUGCUAUGAGGGACGACCAAGCUAUUGAGCCGAGCAAAAUCCCAUGCCAGCAUGACGAAGAGGUCGAGACUCAUCUCUCAAGCACAGUUUCAGGAAGCUCAGUACAAACUUUGCCCCCGCAAGUAAAGUUUGACGAAGGAUUGUGUGUUGCCGAGGAUCUCAUUUCAGGUGCUAAAGCAAGCCUUGAUACUCCGGGCAUGGAAGGGAAGGAAGUUUUGUCCCUUGACCAAUACGUUGCAACACAAUACUUAUCUUCUGACACGUUCGAAAGCCCACUAGCACAACAGCAGAAAGAGGUAGUGAAGCCACUGCAGCAUCCUCUCUAUCAAAUCCCACGAUCACUGCCACCAAUCAGAGCUUAUUCCGACUAUACAGAUCUUUCGAGAAUAGAUGCUCAGAUGAUACCGACAGAGGAGAGUGAACUCACAAUAGCCCAACGACCAACCAGUGUACCCCCUGUGGUGAUACCGGGAUCCACAAGUCAAACGGAUAACCCCAGGCUGUACCAAAGAGUUUCGCGGGGGAUAUCGUCGAUGUCACUUCAGCCAUCUGCGUCAAAGCAACAAGACCACAUGUUAGUCAAGAAAGUAGUUCGAAAGAAGAUUGUUAUUGUAGGGGAUGCGGCAAUUGGAAAGAGCACGCUUCUCUUUAUGUUUACCAAGGGUAUAUGGCUAGAGGGUUAUAUGGCGACCGUCUUCGACACCAGUAUAUGUAUUAUCGAAGUUGACGGCCAGGAGGUUGAGCUCGAACUGAGCGAUACGGCAGGUCUUGCAGACUACGAUCGUUUGCGCCCAAGGUCGUAUCCAGACACUCAUAUCUGUUUGAUAUGUUUUUCCAUUGGCUCUCCAGACUCCUUGAAAAGCGUCGAAGACAAAUGGUACACCGAGGUAGUCCACCACAGCUACGAAAGCCCCGUCAUACUCGUUGGUCUUAAAAAGGACACCCGACAAGAAUCCACAAGUAUAAACGAGCUGCAGAAAACCGACCAGAAGCAUGUACCGCCCGGACAAGGGCACGCAGUCGCGAAAAGGAUCCUCGCAGACGCAUACCUCGAAUGCUCUGCCAAGACCAACGAAGGCGUGCGAGAGGUCUUUGAAGCAGCUACUAGACUUGCACUUGCCGCCGAGAAGAAGGGAAAGGUUGGAGGUCUUAGAAGGCUCUUUGGACGAUGA